AUGAGAUAACGAAGUGGAUAGAUAAUGUCACCAGCUCGUGUAAUAUAAAACUUUUAAAUGAGCACUAAAAAUCAAACUAGCAAAAAUAUAUCAUAAUCUCCCUUAAAAUUCAUUUAAAGAAAUCUAUCGCAAAUUAUAUUAAAGGAUAUGGUGAAAUAAGAUUCAGCUCGUAAGGUUAAUCAUGGCAGUUUAACUGAGAGAGUGCAUAGUUAAUAACGAUCAAAUUCUAGAGAUAAACCUAAACCAUAAGCAAAAUCAUCGAAAGUUCCAACUGAAACGAAUUUCCCAUCUCAAUAAAUAUCAAAGGGAAUUAACUUAAUUCUAAACUAAAAAUUGACAAAUAAAAAUAAACUUAUUCUAGAUAAAGGUUCAAUGACUCGAAGAAAUAGCGUUGAAGAUAUUUUAACAAGCUCUAUUUAAAUAGGAGGAAAAUCUUCAUCUAUUGAUAAAAUACUUAAAUAAGAAAUUUCUGUUUACAUUCAUUAUUCCUCUGAAGUUACACAAAUUCAUAGAUUUAAUCCAAAUGUGACAACUGAUAAAAUUCUAAGUGUACUAAAAAGUAAAUCUGGGAACUAUUAAGUUGUUGGAUACUCAACAUUAGAUGAAAAUAUUGGAUUUGAUUACUAUCUCACUGUUCCCUCUCUCCCAAUGAAUCAUAUGAUUGGAAAAACCAUUAGAUUAAAACCUAUAAUAGGUAUAUGUCCACCAAAACAAUUGAAUUUAAGUUGCUUUCAAUUUUUACAUGUUAUAGGUAGAGGUGGAUUCUCAACAGUUAUUUUAUCUCGAUCAUUAAUUGAUGGUAGUUUCGUUGCGUUAAAGUUAAUAAGCAAAAGUUUUGUUAUAUAAAAUGAAAAGUAAGAUUUAGUUUAGAAUGAAAGAGAUAUUCUUAUAGAAACUACAAAUAAAGGUUCGUUAUUCACAUCAAAAAUAGAAUUUGUAUUUGAAACUAAGAAUUGGAUAAUUUUUGGUAUUGAGUAUUGUCCUGGAGGAGAAAUGUUUAGUUAUAUGAAAAGAGUAGAAAAGAUGACAGAAAAUCAAGCUAGAUUUUACAUUACAGAAGUAUGUUUGGCUUUAGGAUUUCUACAUCACUAAUAAAUAAUCUAUAGAGAUUUAAAACCAGAAAAUGUUUUAAUAGAUAUAACAGGACAUAUUUAAUUGGCUGAUUUUGGUUUGGCAAGACCCAACAUGCAACCAGAAUAAAAUGCUUAUUCAUUUUGUGGUUCUCCUGAAUAUAUGGCACCUGAAAUGUUUCAUAAUGAUGGACAUAAUUAUUUAAUAGAUUAUUAUUGUUUAGGAGCAUUAUUAUAUGAAUUUGUUACAGGACUUCCACCAUUUUAUUGUGAAGAUAAAAAUAUUAUUUACACUAGAUUAUUAAAUGAAUAGGUGAAAUUUCCUAAAAAGUUAAGUCCAGAAGUAAAAGAUUUGAUAAGAUUACUUAUGAUUAAAGAUCCAAGUAAGAGAUUAGGAUAAAAGAAUGGAGUUGAUGAUAUAUUAGCACAUCCUUGGUUUUAAGAUAUUGAUAUAGCAAAAUAUAUUUAAAAAAAAGUAGAUCCACCUUAUAUACCUGACUUAACUAAGCUAGUAUUUAAACAGCCUACAACUAAUGAUAGAAUAUUAUUCGAAUAAUUAAAUAGGGAAUAGAAGUUGAUUACUUAAUUUACACCUAUGUUUGAAAAUACCUUUUUCUAUUAAUAGAAAAGAUAAAAAGUUUAUGAAUUUGAUAAAAACUCAUCUACUUAAGUUACCAAAGACACAAUAGAUUCUUUAGUAAGAAAAAGAACUAAAAAUUCUCAGAAUAGUUAACAAUCACUAUUAUCCCAAUAAUCAUAAUCAUAACUAUCAUCAGUGAUAUGUUCAAAUGAAACACUCAAAAAUACAAAAAGUGUAACCAAUCUAAAAUUUUAUUAAAGUUUAUUGACUGAACCAUCUAAAAAAUGA